CCUCCCAGAUCUCCAACUUCAACUGCCCCUCGGGCCUCUGGACCAUAACGACCUUUCACAACUACACCAUCGAUUACAGACAACAGACACACUGCUAAGAUGGCCUCAGGAAGCAACCUCUCCUUCAUCCUCAAGAAGCAAGACGAGGUUUUCUUCGAGGAACGCCCCGUCCCCAAGCUCAAGUCUGACAAGGAGGUUCUCGUCGCCGUCAACUACACGGGCAUCUGCGGCUCCGAUGUCCACUACUGGUGCCACGGCGCCAUCGGCUCCUAUGUCGUCAAGGACCCCAUGGUCCUCGGCCACGAGUCGGCCGGCACCGUCGUCGAGGUCGGCAGCGGCGUCACCACCCUCAAGAAGGGCGACCGCGUCGCCCUCGAGCCCGGCUACCCGUGCCGCCACUGCGAGCCCUGCCUGAGCGGCCACUACAACCUCUGCCCGGACAUGCGCUUCGCCGCCACGCCCCCUUACGACGGCACCCUGACCGGCUUCUGGGGCGCCCCGGCCGACUUCUGCUACAAGCUGCCCGACCACGUCUCGCUGCAGGAGGGCGCGCUCAUCGAGCCCCUGGCCGUAGGCGUGCACAUUGUGCGCCAGGCCGCCGUCACCCCGGGCCAGUCCGUCGUCGUCAUGGGCGCGGGCCCCGUGGGCCUGCUGUGCGCCGCCGUCGCGCGGGCCUUUGGCGCCUCGACCGUCGUCUCGGUCGACAUCAUCGAGUCCAAGCUCGAGUUCGCAAAGUCCUUUUCCAGCACCCACACGUACAUGUCGCAGCGCAUCCCUGCCGAGGACAACGCCGCGGCGCUGCUCAAGGCGGCGGGCCUCCCCGCCGAGGGCGCCGACGUCGUCAUCGACGCCAGCGGCGCCGAGCCGUCGAUCCAGACGGCCCUGCACACGGUGCGCCGCGGCGGCGUCUACGUCCAGGGCGGCAUGGGCCGCGACAACAUCACCUUCCCCAUCAUGGCGCUGUGCCUCAAGGAGGUCACGGCCAAGGGCUCCUUCCGCUACGGCAGCGGCGACUACAAGCUCGCCAUCGAGCUCGUGGCCCAGGGCAAGAUUGACGUCAAGAAGCUCAUCUCGAGCGUGGUGCCCUUCGACCAGGCCGAGACGGCGUUCAGCAAGGUCAAGGAGGGCCAGGUCAUCAAGAUCCUCAUUGCGGGUCCCAACGAGAAGGACGUCAAGGCUUAGGGGGGGUGCACCUUUCGAAGUCAAGC